UGAGUCCCAGAACACCCAUUUUAACUUGGGUCUUUUGGGUUAUCAGCCUUCUGGGGUUAAAAACUAAUAUCUGUAUAUGAAAUUUUCACUUCUCAUGUGGGAAUUCAUAUAAUAACAAUCCACAAAAAAAAGGGGAGAAGGUGGGAGCAAAGUCAGAGAUACCAGAAAAACAAAAAAAAAAAACAUGUUUGGAGAAGGCAACAGCAUUCCUCGAGCCAAAUACGGAGGCAACAUGGCUCAUUCCGACCCCAACAUUUCCUCCACCUUAACCGAAGACGAUUUUGCCAUGAGAAACAGCAGUGCUUCCGUCGGCGGCCAUGCUUUUUAUGACGCAAGUCGUAUGAGUGGCGAAGGCUCUCCCAUGACAAUGUCACCAUGGAAUCAAACCUCCAUGUUUGCUAAAUCUCCCUGGUCUCAAGUGGAAGAGAACAGCGGCCCUCAAAAUGGCUUAAUUGGCUCUCUAGUUCGUGAAGAAGGCCAUAUCUAUUCUUUAGCUGCUUCAGGGGAGCUUCUUUACACUGGCUCCGACAGCAAGAACAUUCGAGUUUGGAAGAAUUUGAAGGAAUACGCUGCAUUUAAAUCAAGCAGUGGGUUAGUGAAAGCUAUUAUAAUCUCAGGUGAGAAGAUUUUCACUGGACAUCAAGAUGGGAAAAUCCGCGUCUGGAAAGUGUCACAAAAGAAUCCAAGUGAGCAUAAACGAGCUGGGACAUUGCCAACACUGAAAGACAUAUUCAAAAGCUCAAUUAAUCCCAACAAUUAUGUCGAAGGACGAGGACGUCGAAGGGCUUUGUGGAUCAAACACUCUGAUGCAGUGUCUUGUUUGAGCUUAACUGAGGAUAAACUGCUUUUAUACUCUGCUUCAUGGGAUAGAACAUUGAAGGUAUGGAGAAUUGCAGAUUCAAAGUGCUUGGAAUCAUUGAAUGUGCAUGAUGAUGCGGUGAAUUCAGUUGUGGCAAGUGUCGAGGGGCUGGUGUUUACAGGGUCAGCCGAUGGAACAGUGAAAGUAUGGAAAAGGGAAGCGAAAGGGAAGGCAACAAAGCACACACUUUUGGAGUCAUUGCUGAAGCAAGAAUGUGCAGUGACAGCGUUGGCCGUGACGACGGCUGGAACCGUCGUGUAUUGUGGGUCAUCUGAUGGAAUGGUGAAUUUCUGGGAAAGGAAAGGGAAAUUAACACACGGUGGUGUUCUGAAAGGGCAUAAGCUGACUGUGUUGUGUCUGGUGGCUGUGGGGAGUAUGGUUUUCAGUGGCUCCGCUGAUAAGACUAUAUGUGUGUGGCGGAGAGAAGGGGCAAUCCAUACAUGUCUGUCGGUGCUGACCGGCCACACCGGGCCGGUGAAAUGUCUGGCGGCGGAGGAGGAUAAUGAAUCGUCUAAGAAUGGGGACAGGCAAUGGAUAGUGUAUAGUGGGAGUCUGGAUAAAUCAAUUAAGGUGUGGCGUGUAUCUGAGAUGGCGGCGGAUAGGAAUGCAGUGGCGAUGAUGCAGCAACAAUUUGGAAAUGAUUCAGAUUCAGUGCCAUCAGAAAGAAGCUUCUCCUCUUCCAACAGAGCAGCCAGCAUAAACAAACGACUGUGAAUGUGAAAAUGAAGAGAAUUUGAGAGUGAAUCUUUCAACAUUUUGUGAUAUUUUUAAAGUGUGUGUUUGACUUGACCGACCCCAUGUGUUUUCUGAACCAGCAAACUCACCUUCCUCCUAUACUGUUGUAUAUUGUGGAACAUUAAAAAAGGAUCUAACCCUCCAC